CGUGGUUACGCUUUGUUUGGAGUCUUUGGGCGCUGUCUUCCAACCAAGCCUAGGGAUUUAGCCGCUGGAUGAUGGAAAAUGAUGAUGAUGAUACAAAACUCAAAGAAGAAAUAGAAGAUGAAUUGGAUAAAAUCAGCAUUUCUUCAUUAGAAAAAGAUGAUGUUGAUAGUGAUUCAAAAUCAGACAUCCAGAGUGAUGAUAGUGAUACGGAUUUGAAUGAGUUACCUGAGUCAGUUCUUCAUUAUAUUAACAUCAUAAAGAAUAAGAGCAAAACUGUUGAAGAGCUCCUUCUUCAGGACUUGGAAGAUACUGAUGUUUUAAACUAUAGUUAUGGAGUGGUUCCUAAUAAUCACAUGCAUUUAAGGAUAGAAUUAUCAACUGAACAUAAAGAAAAUCCGGGACAGUUAAUAAAGAUGUUAUCUGAAAUAGAAAAAGAAGAAUUUCUGAGGAUUAAAACCCAUUGUGGCAGUCCUGAUUCUAUUCUAAAGCCUGGUCCUCAUGAUUUGCCUGUGGAUGAACAUGUUUUUCCAGAUGAUGCUGAUAUAAAUUUUGGAUACUGUGAAGUGGAAGAGAGAUGUAGGCAGUCUUUUGAGGCUUGGCAAGACAAACAGAAAGAACUGGAAGACCAGAAGAAAGAAACCCUCAAAGCUCAAAGGGAUAAAGAAGAAAAGCAAUUUCAAGAAGAAGAAGAAAAGAGACAUUGCUGGAUGAAACAAUUUGAAGUUGAAAAGAAUAAAUUAGAGAAUAUUCAGAAGCAAGAACAGGACAAGAUGAAUGAUGAACUCCAUAAAGAAGAGAAAAUGUGGAAAGAGAAAUUUAAACAGCAUGAGGAGUUUAUUAAAAACUUGCAUUUACAAAUGGAAGAAGAAAGAACACGAUUUAAAGAUCUACAAGAAAAAGAAAAAAUGCGUUUAUUAAAACUGCAGCAUAAUGCAGCUGUAACAAUUCAGGCUAAAUACAAAGCAUUUGUGGCCUACCAGAAAUAUGGCCCCAUCAUAAAAGAACAAAUAGAAAGUAAGAAAAGGAAAGCGCUAGAGUGGAAAGAAAAGGAAGCAAAAAUACGACAGAUGGAAGAAAAAAAACAAAAAAGAUGGGAGGAAGAACAAAGGAUAGAAGAAGGGAUAAAAAAGCAGAAGCAGGAGGCAAGGAGGAGGAGAGAAAAAGAAUAUGAAGAAAAAAAGAACAUCAUGAGAAAAGAAAAAGAGCAACUACUAAACAAGGAAAAAUUAAGAUUAAGAGAAGAUGCAAGUGAACAGCUAAUAAGUAGAGCAUUAAAGAAAGGUGAAUAUAUCAAACAUUUAACUGUUGAAGAUACAUCAAAGAAUAAGGAUGAUAUAGCCAAAAAGGUAGGGGAUGAAAAGUCAAAGAAAUGGGAAGAUGUUCCCCUCUGGCUACCUGAAAAAUCAAGUAAGACUGAAAGUGUAGGUAGAGAGCUUGUACUAAAAGAAUCAAUACAAGAGCAAUGGGAAGAUCCUAUUACAAACCAGGCAAUUUUGGCAGAAUUUGAAGUAGAAAAUGAAAACCUGCCAAAAAAACAAUGUUUUGAAAAAACUGUCAAGGAAGAAAGAAAAUGUGAAAAUAUAGACAAAAAAACUGAAUUGGAAAACCCAGAUUUAAAAGAAAAUGUGAAAGAACAGUUUCAGCUGCAAGAAUUAAAGCCUCAAAUACAAAAAGGGGAAAAUGUGAAAACUGCCAAAAAGGAGAAUAUGAGACCAGACACCCAAAUAAUAAUAGUAGGACAUAAUCAAGAAAUUAGCAAGGUAGAAAACAAUGAAGAACAGAAAAUAAUCAGAGGUAAUCAACAGAAUAAGAUACAAAAAGUAGAAAAAGAAGAGCUAUCAGAACAGAAUGGAAUAUUAUAUGAAGAGAAUAAUAUUUCAGUGAUUUCAGUGAAGCAACAACCACUAAAAUUAGAAAAUUCUGAAGUUAUAGGGGAAAAUAUAAUACUACAAGAAAAAGAAAUUGAUUUAAAAUCCAAAGAAAAAACUGAGGAGAUCCCAAAAGGCAAUACUCUGAAUAGUGAUGUGAUUUUUAACAGCAGUGAUUCCAUGAUAAAUAUAGAAGGCAAAAUAAAUGAGCAAGAUUAUAUUCUUGGUAGAAAUGCUCUUUGUGAAGAUUUGGGUAGCUAUAAGGCAAAAAACUCCUUAGUUUUUAAAGAAGGAAACUCACUUAAGUCUCAACCUACAGAAACCUCAGAAGAAUGUCAUGAAAAUAGAACUGAAUGUGAAAGUAUUGUGACCUAUUCUUUACCAAAGCCAACACUUCUAUCUUCUGUUGAAGAAAAGAGGCUAGCUUGGAUAAAAUCAUUUAAACCUUGGUUUGAAAUUUUCAAGCAAAAUCAACAAAAGAAAAUUGCUAAGAUGAAGAGACCUGUAAGAUGCCCAGCCAACAUGAUGCCCCCUUUGAAUACACUAGAAAUUCUUCGAUGUGGCCCUUGGAAUACUUUACAGCAGGUCACAACAGUUACAUUUCAAGAUUUGCCAGGUUGUAGUCUCUCCACACUAGCAGAGUGUCCAAAUCUUCAGUUUUUGUCUCUUCGACGCUGUGGGUUGAUUUCUUUGCACAGCCUGAGUAACUGCAAAAAACUGAAGCACAUUGAUGCCCAGGAAAACCAUAUUGAGACUAUCAAUUUUGAAAAUUUGGAAAAUCUCUGUGUUGUUCUUCUUAGUAAAAAUCAACUGACUUCUUUUCAUGGUUUGGAUGGCUGCACUAAUAUCCAAAAUCUUGAAGUCUCACAUAAUAAAAUCACUCGAAUUGGUGGUUUAGAAUCUUUGAGAAAUCUUCAGCAACUAAUUGUGGACCACAAUCAAUUAAUUAGUACAAAAGGUCUUUGUGAUACUCCUACCAUUAUAUACCUGGAUUGCUCACAUAAUCAUCUUACUAAAGUUGAAGGUAUUGAAAACUGUGGAUUGCUCCAAGUACUGAAGUUACAGGGAAAUUAUCUAAGUGAGCUUCCAUCCUUGGAGAAUCAUGUUCUACUAAGAGAAUUGCACCUGGAUGAUAACAGUAUUUCAACUGUGGAAGCAUUUUCUUCAUAUUGGUUGCCUUUACUACAAAACCUGACUAUAUCUCAAAACAGCUUGACAAAAAUCAUACCGCUUUUUCAUUUUGUUUCUUUGGAAAAACUAGAUGUCAGCAACAAUUGUCUUUCUGAUCUUACAAGUGCCAUUAGAUGGUUUGAUGCAUGCUAUUCUCUCCAUGAAUUGUCUCUCACUGGAAACCCACUUCUUCAAGAAAUAAACUGGAGGCAUUCUCUACUUAAAGUGUUACCAGCUCUAAGAAUCCUCAAUGGCGAAAUACUAAACUCUUAUUCAGAAAGGCACACUGAAGAAUACUAUGAACCAGAAUUAGGACGUUUUGUGGUACUUUGUCAGUCUCAGAUUCAAGAAUUCAACUCACUAAUUGAAAGCUAUAUUACUGGAAAAGGAAAUUUUGUCACCUUGGAUGCUGCAGAAAAUCUCUGCCAUUAUUUUAAGAAAUUAAUGAUACUUAGUAAUGAAUACCGAUAUUCACAUGAACGUGGGAAUGUAAGUAUCACCCAGAGUGAAGAAUCUGAAGCCCAGCAAAAUCAUUUGGCCCCUACAAAUAGUGAUAGCAUACUGCAAAAUAGAGUUCUCCACUCUUGUGCAUACAAAUAUAAACUGGACUCACCAGAUACCUCUGAGAAAUGGAUGAACUCUGGCUGUAGUCAUUCCACAUUAACCAACUCCUUAUGUGAAGAUAUGGAAGGAGGAAAUCAGGAAGAAAUAGUAGACCAGAAGGGAGAAGAUAGCAAAUCAAACAGUGUCCCCAUCAAAAGAAUCCCAUUCAUGGAAACAGUAAUGACAAGCUCUCUGCUGUGGAAUUGCCAAAAUACUGAACAUCGUAAGAAAAUUAUGGCAGCUAAGGUAAUCCAGGCAUACUGGCGUGGUUACAUCGUGCGCAGACAUAUUCAUUUCCCCUCAAGCCUACAUACUACUGCAAUAGGACCCCUGAUAUCCCAGCCAAAUUACUGCAUCAAGAAUAAAACUAUUUUAAAGAAAGAAAAAAGAGAAAACACUGUGAAUAUCCAAGAACAGAGGGAGAAGGCUGCUAUUCUUAUUCAGGCAGUUUGGAAGGGCUUUCUUUUGAGAAAGAAACUGACAACAGCUUUAGAGGCUAUUAAGAAUGAAGAAUCUGAAGAAGAAUAUGAAGAAAUAAACUUAGAGGAUUUUACAUUUGAUGAAGCUGCCUUAGAGAAAGAAUGGCUAACUUUAGAUUCCACCCGCUUCCCUUCACAAACACUGCUUCUCCCAAACCAGCUGCACUGGCCAAAGUUUUCUGGAACCUUAAAAUAUGAUGAUACUUCACUGAAUUUACCAAAUCAUCCAGCUCAAGCAUGGCUAUGUAAUGAGAAAGAAGGUUUGUUUUCAUCAGAACACCCACAGUUUAAUAGCAGAUCAGAAAAUAGGACUUUAUCUUGGACACCUGAAUCAAAGACCAGCAGAAAGAGUUUGCUAAAAACUGAAAAAGAAGAAAAAAUUUCAAAAGAAUGGGGCUUUAAGGAUAUUGCUACUGCUCAGCAAAUGUUGAAGAGAGCACAGAAGAUGAAAUCAAAGAAAUUAAGGAAAAAAUUAGAUCCCAUGGUUUGCCUAGCAUUAUUCAAAAACAAUGAAAAUAAAGUUUCUGUUACAAAAUCACCAAAAAUGGCACAGCCCAGAAGAGAUGGUUACUUUGAAGGUAAGGAAGAAGAACUUACCUACAAGGAUACCAAGGCAAAUGAAAAAUUAGAAAGGAGUAAAGAAUACACAUACCAAUGGCUUCACACACAGGUUGGGAUUCAUGAAACAACUAAUUCCAGAAACAUAAAAUGCAAUCACUUCUUGCCUGAGUUAGAUCCAGAUGUACUUAAUGGUGGAAGAGUUCAGCUUGUGGCAAGACUUGUAAGCAGAGAAGACACGGAUUUAGACCUUUUUUCCGUGACCAGUGGAAGUGCUCUGUCUGUAAAGAGAGAAAAAAAAAAUCAGGCACACAGACACUCAGCGGGAUCUUCAAGUUUUUCAAUUAAGGGAAUAUUUGCACCAAUGAUAACAAAUACGGAACCUUCUAAGAAAGAACGUAUAUCAUUCCGUGACUAUCCUGUACAACUCAGUGGUGGAUGGGGAAGUGGCAAAAAGAAGGUGAACACUUCAAACUAAUUCUUCAAGCUUCAGCAUUCAAAAUAUAUGGCACAUGGUUUUCUCAAGAGUUCUAUGGAUAUCUGGUCAUGUUACCAAUUGAAUACAAGGUUUUAGAGUACUGUAUUUAAUUUGUAUUAUUAUACAUAUUCCACAAUUUUGUUUGCUGAUGGAGUUAUCUGAUUUCCCAUCUAUAAAAUACAAUUUUGCUAUUGUUCCUUUGUUUAUGAGGAAUGGCCUCCAGAAUUAAUUCUUAAAAUAUAUGAAUGGAAUUUGCAUGUCCAGUUUCUUCUUUUGUUUAAAGAUUUUAUGACAUAUGUAUUAAAGAUGGUUUUUGUUACCAGUAAUAAGUUUUAAUACCAUACACAUAUUGUAAGAGAAUAUAACUAUAAUUUAUUGACACUGUUCAUAGUAUUAAUGAAUAAUUAAUACAUUGAAAAAUUUUAUUUGGAUAUUUCAAAGAUAAAUUGAUAUAUAAAAUAUUUAGAGUAGACAAUGAA